CCGGGACAGUGUAGGGGGAGCACUGAUGGAGUCCCCGUGCCCAAACGGGGUGCCGGUGGGCACUACCGGGAACCACCGCUUACAGCUGGGUACCACCGGCCACAGCUGGGUGCCACCCAGCACCGCCGGGUAAAGCCGGGCAUCUCCAGGCACUGCCAGUCAUCACCGUGGGAUGACCACUGGCCACUGCUGGCUAUAGCUGGUACCACUGGGCACCAGCGGUCACUGCCAGCUGCUGCUGGACAGCAUGGGCACAGCCAGGCACCCUGGCCCAGGUGGCAGCGCUGGAGAGUCCAGGGUGGAAUGUCUGUGGGUCUUGUUUGGGCCAAGUGGUGCCCAGCAGCCACAGGGACCCUGUAACCGCCCCCAUGGCACUAGGACCCCCUUGAGCCCUCCGGUUGUCCCUCCCAGCCGGGCUGUCAGCACCUCACAGCAGCUGUGACAGAGACAGUUAAAAAUAGCUCCGGCAGCAAUGGCUGCCCGGUGGCGGCUUGCUGCACGCUUCCACCACAUCCAUGGCGCCAACAUCCGCCUGGAUGCCUCACGCACACAAGCCACACGGGUGGAGAGCUUCGCCAACGGGCUCUGCUUCAGCCAGGAGCCUCUGGCACCCGGGCAGAUCUUCCUGGUGGAGAUUGAAGAGAAGGAGCUGGGCUGGUGUGGGCACUUGCGCGUGGGACUGACAGCCCAUGAUCCCCAGAGCCUGGAGGUAGUGCCUGAGUACUCGCUGCCGGACCUGGUCAGCCUGGGGGACAGCUGGGUGUUUGCCAUCACCCGGAACCACAACCGUGUGGUGGUGGAGGGGGAGGAGGCGCAGGCACGGGGGCAGUCCUGGGAGCCCUUCCUGCUGAUCGACCGGGUGCGGAUCCCCCGUGACACGCUGGUGGGGCGCAGCCGGCCCGGCCGCUACAGCCACAUCCUGGAUGACCUGUACAAGAUGAAUGUGCUGCCCGCAACCGCCCGGCGCAGCCGCAUCGGGGUGCUGUACGCCCCGCAGCCCGAUGGCACCGCCGACAUGCACAUCGUCAUCAACGGCGAGGACAUGGGGCCGAGCGCCCGAGGCCUGCCCGCCACCCGCCCGCUCUACGCCGUCAUUGACGUCUUUGCCUCCACCAAGAGUGUCCGGGUGAUCCCGGUGGAUUAUGGCUGUAGUUCUUUCCCUGCAGACGCUGUGCCGGCUGGUUAUCCAGAAACACAUUGUGCACCGCCUGGCCAUCGAUGGCCUGGACUUGCCCCCGCUACUCAAGAGCUGGUGCCAACAUGAGUGAGGUAUCAAGGGUGCUGCUGGGCUGCCCCCCACAUCAACAGCCCCCCAGUGACAGCUGCCUGGCAGGCUCUGUGCCCCUCCCUGCCCACUCACCCCAGCAUAUGCUGCUGAAGGGCUGACAGGAAAGCAAAGUGGGGUUGGGAUUUUCCCCACACUAACGGUGUUACACGCCCAGAGCAUGGGCAGGGGGAUUGAUGAGGGUCAGAAAGAGCAAUAAAGGGCUUCCAGACAAGACUCUGUCAAAGGAGGCUUGGGGCCUGGGAUGCCCCUAUGCUUCAGCAACUCCUUGUGGGAGCAGUUCCUCCACCAGUGAGGAAGGGAGCACAGGCUGCAGCCCUGUGGGCUCAGGACAUGUGCCUGGCCCGGUAAUUAUGCUGGGACUGUCAGGGUGGAUCAGAGUGGGUGGAGCGUGGGAGGGCACAGUACAGUGUUCACGUGGAGGUAAAUUACAGCCGGACACUCAUCCCGGGCAGUUUCACUCUUGGGAAAGAUGUUUACCCAGAGAAGGAUGAGUUAUUUCCUGUGUGUUCAGCUUGGAGGGGGACGAGUCAGAUGCUGGAGCACCCAGACAGCAGUGCUGGCAGCAGCCCUUGCUUGGGCACGUGUCUGUGGCCACAGAGCCAGUCACAGUGACCUGGUGCAGGGCACAGCCAUCCUGACUUGGAGCUCCAUGCCCUCGGCUCUGUGCCCUCAGCCAGACCCUUCAACCCCUGGCAGGUGGGGAUGGCAGCAGGCAUCCUGCAGUGCCUAUGCAGGCUGGAGGGGAGGCAGGGUGGCAGCUGUGCAGAGGAACAGGCUGGAGGGGAGAGGUCUCCCAAAAUCAGAGGGGUUCCCACAGAAGCCAGAAAGAUAGCAAAGGGGCAGGCAAAGCCUUCCAGGCCUCUUCCACAGCACAACCAAAGGGGAAACAAGCAGCUCUAAGCUUACAAAAAGGUGUUUUAAAGAAACAGGAUGCUAUAUUUAGUCACAGACUCGAUAGUAUCAGAUCAUGUUACAAAACUCAUGCUCAAAGGAAAUCCCCAGCCCUCAACCACAGCCAACUCCACCAACACCAAAGUGUUAAUGAAGGAAUUGCUAAAUUCCAUGGGAAAAACAUGAACAGUGACCAAACCACAGCAAUGGAGGGAGGUCUGUGACAUUCCCUGCUAUGUCCCAAGAACAGCCUGGGAGGUGAUGGGGCUGGUGCUCAUCUGGCUGCAAUAGGGCUGGGGAACUCACCCACUCCAGAGCAGUGCCCACGGAUGAGGGAGUUUACUCUCCUGGCUGUUGUCCCUCCCCCACCCUUGCACGAAGCCUUUACUCCCCACCUCCCUGCAGUGUUAUCUGCCCGGCAGUGACCCCUGCACACGAGGGCGGGUUCCUGUUUCUUGAGGAAUUGAGAGCAGCUGCUGCAACCAGACAAACAACACCCCUGCUCUGUAAUGGGCUGCAGCACAGUGGGAUUGCAGGGAUUCAGAAGCUGCCACCUCCUGCCACCUGAGGCACCACAGGACGACUGAGGAGCACUGCCCAAAGCCCUGCCCCAUUCCCCAUGCUCUGUUCCCUGGGCAGGGAGGGGUGGCUGCAGCCGGCACAGGGACAAGCUCAGCUCCCAGACAACACGAGGGUGAUUUAUUGGCUCAGUUGCACAACACCUCACAGCUGGAUGCUGCAAGGACCUGCGGGUGCUGGCUACGCAUGAAAUAGUUUUGUCACGUGUUACUGUACCUAGAUCCCUACAAAUCUAUGGAAUCGUAUGGGAUUAAUUUGAGAAACCACAAAGAACUGGCUGAUGUCAUCACAAAGACUCUCGAUGAGUUUUGAGCGGUUUUGGGAAUCUGGAGAGGUUCCCACAUGACUGGAAGCUGGGGAAUUAUGUCCUGAUUUCAAAGGGCAGAAAGGAGAACCCUGGAAACUACAGGCCUGUCAGUCUCACUUCAGUGCCCAGUAAAAUCAUAGAAAAGAUCAUUCUGGCAGGUACUGAAAAACACCUCUAGGAGGGCACACUCACUGGUCACAGCCAGCAGGGUUUUUUGAGGGGAAAGUCCUGCUUGUUGAACAUGAUGUCCUUCUACAACAGGGUAACCCACCUAAUUGACCAAGGAAAGCCAGUAGCUGUAAUGUUUUUGGGCUUCAGCAAAGCUUCUGAUACUGUUUGUCCCAGUAUUUUUUUGGACAAAGUGUCCAGCUUGCAGCUGAAUAAUCCUGUUACACAAUGGGUGAGCAACUGGCUCACAAGUUGGGCACAAACAAAGACUUAGAGGGAAUGGGGUGACAUCAGGCUGGUGUCCAGCCACUAGAGGGGUUCCAUAGGGCUUCACCCUUGGCCCAGUUCUCUUCAACAUCUUCAUUAACGACUUAAACUCAGGACUUGAAGGAAUAUUAAGUAAUAUAUUAAUGUUUAGUGCUAAGAACACUAAAUUGAGAGGAGCUGUCAACUCCAUUGAAGGCAGAGAGGCCCUGCUGAGAGACCUCAAAAAAUUGGAGAGAUGGGUAAUCACCAGAAGUAUGAAGUCUAACAAGAACAAGUGACACACUGCACCUUGUACAGGGCAAUCCUGGUCGUAUAUACAGACAGGGGAAAAGAAGCUGGAUUCCAGCACUGUGGAAAGGGACCUGGUUGUUGCCAAGUUGAAUGUGGUCAGCAGCGCCCUGGCAGCCAGGAGGGCCAAUCCUGUCCUGGGGACAUCAGACACAGCAUUGCCAGCAAGGGAGGGGAUUGUCCUGCACUGCUCUGCACUGGUACAGCCUCACCUCAAGUCCUGGGGGCAGUUUUGGCACCACAAUAUAAAAAAGACAUUGAGCUAUUAGAGAACAUUCAAAAGAUGCCACGAGGAUGGUGAUGGGACUGGAAGCAAAGCUUUUGAGAAACAGUUGAGGUAACUUAGUCUGUUCAGCCUGGAGAAGAGGAAACUGAGGGAAGACCUCAUUGUGGUCUUCGACAUCCUCAUGAGAAGAAGCAGAGGGGCAGGCUCUGAUCUCUUCACUGUCAUGACCAGUGACAGAACUCGAGGAAAUGGUAUAAAGCUGAGUCAGGAGAGAUUGAGGCAGAAUAUCAGAAAAAGGUUUUUCACCUAAAGGGUGGCUGAGCACUGGAACAGGCUCCCAUGGGUAGUGGUAAUGGCAUCAAGCCUGUCUGAGUUCAGGAAGUGUCUGGACAAUGCUCUCAGGCACAUGGUGGGAUUUUUGUGGUGUCCUGCACAGGACUGGGAGUUGGACACAAUCCCAAUGGGUCCCUUCCAGCUCAGCAGAUUCUAGGAUACCAGCACCUCCCACAUUGCACCAUCCAGAGCUGGCUCCUGGCCACAGCUGUUAGCCAGGUCAGUGACUGUUACCCUUCCUGCAGGAUCAGGAGCUCCCAAUCCAGUUCCUCUGCUGCCCCAUGCAACAAAUGACGCUCACUCAGCAGAUCAAGGACCCAAACUGCCCCUUCCAUGCCGAGGAAAUGACAGGCUGUGGGGAAUGAAGGUGCAAGACAGGACACAGUGGAAGCACCCAGCUCAGCUCCCACUCAGUGCUGGAGCUUCACCUCAAUGGAGCUGAUCCAGCUGCCAGCCAGCUCCCACAGAGUCCUGUGCUCUAAGUCCUCAUACUGUGCCAGGCAGCUGGCUGAUCUCUGCCAUGAGGAAGAGCACCAUCAGGGAUUUAUCCAAAGACUUGUUCCAGGAGCUCUUUAGGACCUCCAAGAGGCUAUCAGCACUGUCUCACACAGCCUGAUGGGCAUCACAUCCCCUCUCCCAUGGUCUACUGAGCCUCUCCCUCUGCCAGAGCUUCCUGUAAGAAUUCAGCACAGCCAAAUUCUGUCCAAUCACAAGAUGUGACAGCAUGGCAGCUGGAAGGCCAGGUUGAAGAGGCAAGUGUAGCUACUUGGGCCUUCCUGGAAGAUGCUCACAAGGUGGGCAUCCUCCUGGCUCUGUACACUGAGCCUGUCCUACCUGGUGCAAAUCAGCUGCCUGGACUUCCAAAGCACUGCCUUAGGCACACUGGCAGCAGCCUCUCACUUAGGUGCAGCCUGGCAGCAGCCUCUGUGCAAAUGCCACUCAAAAACUUCCUGAUACUGUCUUCAGUCCUUUGGGUAAUCUAAUCUUCACUGACAUCCUGAGGUUUCUGUGGCCUCCAGUUUUGCCACAGGAUACAGGAUCUAGCAGGGACUGAGUUUGCUGGCUCACUCUGGAGAAGAGCAUGAGGUGUUUCAGGCUGACACUGAAGGGCCUCAGGGAGCUGGUGGACUCUGGAGGACAAUCACACGACUCUCAACAGCCACAAGAGAGGCUGACAUGGGCUGCUGCUGCUUAGCUGCUGCCACAGUGGGGGAAGCCCGGCCAGAGCUCUGGGAUGUGUUACCAUGGCACACCAGAGAGGCAAGAGGCAAGUCUGAAAUAGGUAGACUUUGGGGGAGCUGCCUGAGCAGCACGGUGAUCAGGAUGGGCAUCAGGUGGGAUCUUAGAAACACACUCUUUCUAGUGCCAGGCCAAGGUGGUGAUGCAGCUCUCCAGAGAGAGCCUAGCACUGCAAAACUGACUUAACCCUGGAUGCCAAUCUCCAGCUCCAUGAAGAAGUCUCUGCUCUCCCCCCAGCUGCCCUCUGUGCGUGGCCCGGACCCCAUCCUCGAGCAGCCAGCGAAGGUGGAGCUGAGGCAGCGAGUCCGGCGUGAUGAGGUCUCUCAGGACGGUGAGCAGCUCCUGCCGGUGGCUCUCAGUGCCUGCACCCACGGCUUUCCUGCGGCGAUCACGGCCGGCCCCUCGGCACGGUGCUCCAGGCACAGCCGCCGCAGCCACAUGCA